AUGUGGGGUGAAGGACUAGAUAGCUUUCUGCCGGGCAAUAUUCAAGAUCAAGGUUCACAUGGUCCCUCUGGCAGUCCGUACAUAGUCCGCUCACCGCCGAGGGAGUCGAGGUGGGAUUAUCGUUCUUCCCGCAGCUUCUCGACUGGAACUUUUGCUCUCCACUACGUCUGCUACAAGUCGCAAUUGCUCACCAGCCAAUUGCUUUAUCCCCUCAGGCUCACUGCAGCGCUUCUCGUGACAAUGUCUGGUGAAAAGCGACCUGCCCCAGAGGCAUUUGGGACCUCUCAACAGCUCGUGGUCAAGCGGAAUAAGGCCGUUGAACCCGCAGGAACUGAACUCGUGAAGGGUUCCUCCCAAAAUGGAGCUCUUAUUCAGUCGGUCCCUCGCACAAGUGGUCUAGAUGCUCCUAUAAUGGAGCUCACGGGUGAGAUAUUGUCGCCGACUUGUCAGUUUACACGCGCUAACAGAAGGGACCUGCCAGGCCACUCUGGGGAAGUCUUCGCAGUUCGAUUCGACCCUACCGCACAGCAUAUUGCAUCCGGCUCAAUGGAUCGUUCCAUUUUACUUUGGAAUACAUACGGGCAAUGCGAAAACUAUGGCCAGCUGACAGGUCAUCGGGGAGCUGUGUUGGAUCUUCAAUGGUCACGCGAUUCACGGGCACUGUUCUCGGCAUCCGCGGAUAUGACACUGGGAAGCUGGGAUGUCGAGACUGGAGAACGAGUACGCCGUCACGUGGGCCACGAGGAAAUCAUUAACUGCCUUGACAUCAGCAAAAGAGGACAGGAGCUUCUGGUUAGUGGUAGUGAUGAUGGAUGCGUUGGUAUUUGGGAUCCUCGGCAGAAGGAUGCUCUAGAUUACCUUCAGACCGAGCUUCCUAUCACCGCGGUGGCACUGUCCGAGGCAGGCAACGAGAUCUACAGCGGAGGUAUUGAUAACACGAUUCAUGCUUGGGACAUUCGGAAGAAGGCUAUUGUCUAUUCCAUGACCGGGCAUACAGAUACCAUCACAUCGCUACAGAUCUCCCCAGACUCACAGACUUUGCUGUCAAACUCUCACGACUCUACUGUUCGCACGUGGGACAUUCGUCCCUUCGCCCCAACCAACCGGCAAGUCAAGACUUACGACGGUGCUCCUGUUGGGCUGGAGAAAAACCUCAUCCGGGCUAGCUGGGAUCCGAAGGGUGAGAGGAUCGCCGCAGGUAGCGGUGAUCAAACUGUGGUUGUGUGGGAUGCCAAAACAGGAAAGCUGCUGUACAAGCUUCCAGGGCAUAAGGGCACUGUCAACGACGUGCGCUUUUCCCCUAACGAUGAGCCAAUUAGUGAGUAUAUUCCCCGUUUGUAUGCAAAAGCUGUCUCUGAUAUUCUCACAGUCGUUUCUUGCUCAUCUGACCGAAAUAUGAUGCUUGGGGAGCUGGGCAGAUAA